AUGAGGAUCCGUGGAAGAAAAUCCUUUUCCGAUUCAAAUCACUGCUCCAUCUCUUCAUCUUCUUCCUCAUCCCAUCACUCAUCAUCAAUCACGGGGGCUCAUUCUCUGUCCUCCUCCCUGAGCUCGUCCGAUUCUUCCCCCGCGCGGCCGUUUACAUCGGCCGGAGGAUCGUCCGCGCAUCGGUGCCGCGGGCUCGAUCUGCUGGUGAAAGCGAUCCACCAGGUGGACGCCGGCUCGGCCGUCGGCGUGCCGUACAUACAGCGCCGGGUCACCAUCCGGCGGAGGAGAAGGCUGCGGAGAGAUCUGGAGUUUGGCGUCCUGGCCUUGGGCGAAUUCUUCAGGAUUAAUGGGAAUGGCACCCUCGGGUUCACCUUCGCUAACGUCACCGGAUUUUCCGUGCUCAACAAUAGAGGAACCUCCUUCCGCCAUGGCUGCCGCCACCUCCAAGCUCUGCUCCACCACCCUCCUCACCUUCUCCGCCUCUACCAUCAGCUCCCUCAACCGCCGCUCCACCUCCUCCACCGCCACAAAUUAACCUAUCCUCCGCCAUCUCCAUUCUCAGCGGGACAUCCUCCACCAACACCGCCUGGUAUAGCAGCCACAACAACAUCGGCACGCCCGCCAGCACCGCCUCCAGCAUCACCACAUGUGGGGCCCACAUCUCACCUCAAACUCUCGAAUUCAGUGGAUUCCCGAUCGAGCAACGGCGCCACCACGUCGAAAGGUGAGAAUGGCAGCAGGCCUGAGAAAUUGAGGAGCGUGUCCAUUUUUAUUGGAGGGCGUCGUCGGAAGGUGAUGGAGGGGACGGCGGUGGAUGUAAGCACGGGGGAGCCAAUGUUGAAGGAAAAAAGAGGGACGAUUUAA